CAUGCAAAAGCUAGUGAUCUAUGUUUAUAUUUACCUGUUCAUGCUGAUUUCAGUUGAUCCGGUGGCUCUUGAUGACAGUAGUCAGCCCACAGAGAAUGCUGAAAAAGAUGGACUGUGCAAUGCUUGUACGUGGAGACAGAAUACAAAAUCUUCCAGAAUAGAAGCCAUAAAAAUUCAAAUCCUCAGCAAACUGCGUCUGGAACAAGCUCCUAACAUUAGCAGGGAUGUUAUUAAACAACUUUUACCCAAAGCUCCUCCACUACAGGAACUGAUUGAUCAGUAUGACGUCCAGAGAGACGACAGUAGCGAUGGCUCUUUGGAAGAUGAUGACUAUCAUGCCACCACCGAAACGAUUAUCACAAUGCCUACGGAGUCUGAUUUUCUUGUACAAAUGGAGGGAAAACCAAAAUGUUGCUUCUUUAAGUUUAGCUCUAAAAUACAAUAUAACAAAGUAGUAAAAGCACAAUUGUGGAUAUACUUGAGGCAAGUCCAAAAACCUACAACAGUGUUUGUGCAGAUACUGAGACUUAUUAAGCCCAUGAAAGAUGGUACAAGAUACACUGGAAUUCGAUCUUUGAAACUUGACAUGAACCCAGGCACUGGUAUUUGGCAGAGUAUUGACGUGAAGACAGUGUUGCAAAAUUGGCUCAAACAGCCUGAAUCCAAUUUAGGCAUCGAAAUAAAAGCUUUUGAUGAGAAUGGACGAGAUCUUGCUGUAACUUUCCCAGGACCGGGUGAAGAUGGAUUGAACCCAUUUUUAGAGGUCAGAGUUACAGACACACCAAAACGGUCCCGCAGAGAUUUUGGCCUCGACUGCGAUGAGCACUCAACAGAAUCCCGAUGUUGUCGCUACCCACUGACAGUGGAUUUCGAAGCUUUUGGAUGGGACUGGAUUAUCGCACCUAAAAGAUACAAAGCAAAUUACUGCUCCGGAGAAUGUGAAUUUGUGUUUUUACAAAAAUACCCGCACACUCACCUCGUACACCAAGCAAACCCCAGAGGUUCAGCAGGCCCCUGCUGCACGCCCACCAAGAUGUCCCCCAUAAACAUGCUGUACUUCAACGGGAAAGAACAAAUAAUAUACGGCAAGAUACCGGCCAUGGUAGUAGAUCGCUGCGGGUGCUCAUGAGAUCAUCGUUAGAUCCACCACUUCAUAAAUUGUGGAAGCUACCAAAAAAAAAAGUUAUACCCCCACAUCAGUCUUUGAAACUGUGAAGUUACGUACGCUAGGCAUUGCCGACAUCCUGUAUCUGUAUGAUAGGCUAUCGUACAGAUUUAGUGCAGCACCAGCUACAGAAUGUGAACU